GGCGCGGCUGUUUCGGAGAGGUCGUUGCCGGUUCCUCCUCGCUGUUGCUGGGGCGACCAGCAAGCAGCCGCGUGCCACCGACGCGACCGCUUCUGCGGCUGGGCUUGGCUGGGCCAGUUGGGCAUGCAUGUGAGCCGCUGGGCCCACGAAGUCCAGCGUGUUUACGCCUCCGCUCCGCCCCGCCCCGCGUCUGCCUGCCCAGCCCAGACGACUCCCCUCCGACUUGUACCUAACCUAUCGAGACAGAGUUCCACGAAGCAGCACCAGCACGGCGCCGCCUCAGCCUAUAUAUAAACACACAGCCGCCCCCCGUCUUCUACUCUGACUCUCAUCUGAAGCGCGCGAGAGAAACGCGUAUACCCAGGCGGCGGUUGAGGAAGAGGAGGAGAAGAAGAAGAAGAUGGCUUCCUCCGCAUACGCCUCAUGGUCCAAGCGGUGGAUCCGUCCCGAGGUGUACCCGCUGUUCGUGCCGAUGGCCGUGGCCUUGGGCAUCUGCUCGUACCAGCUUGUGCGCAACAUCACGGGCAACCCCGAGGUGCGGGUGACCAAGGAGAAGAGGGCGGCCGGCGUCCUGGACAACCACGACGAGGGCGAGAGGUACGCUAUGCACGGCCUCAGGAAGUUCGUCCGCGGGAAGAAGCCCGAGAUCAUGGCCUCCAUCAACUCCUUCUUCGCCGACCCUCCCAAGGACGAUUAAGCUAGAUUCCGUCAUGGAUGGAUGGAUGGAUGGAUUCCCGAUUCCCGAUCGUCCAUAGUAUGUUUUACCAUUCAUUAGCUGCCGGCGGCGCGCCUUGAUUCGUAGCCGUCGUCGGUACAUUUUUUUUUGUUUCUAAAAUUCUAAUUCUCCCAUAUAAAUGGAACAUCAUGCAUUUGUCGUGUUUGCUUGCAUGGCUGCGAACGAAUUCAGCACGCCUUGUGAUUUUCAUCACAUAUUUGAUUGAUAACGGAUGACUGUAUGA